UUCUGUUAAGAUGUUAGUGCAAAGCAUACGUUUGUUGCUCCUUUCGCUCGUUGUAUUUUACGAUGUAAAGUGUUGCUGUGCUCAAUUCCAAUUUAAUUUUACGAAACUUUACGUAACCACUCCUGCGCCAUUGCCAUUCCCGAAAUGCGUCGCGGUUGACAUACCGUGCCUCCGGCGGGGACUACGGACCUUCUUCUUUCUGAUGGAGGCUGGCCACAUGGGCAUGAAGCCAGUUGACCCCGCGCUAAUCAAUAGUGUGGUAGUAGCCAUGCCCGAGAAGGGGGUCUCAAUGUUACUCAGAAAUAUAAACGUCACCGGAGCAAAAUGGACUAAGUUGGCUGAUAGAAUAUUGAACCCGUUCGGCACCAAGAGUAGUGUCAAAUUCCUAAGCGAUCUACACGUUACAGGAGAACUGACGAUGAGCAUGGCGCAGCUUACGACUCCCUUAAUCGCCUCCAUCACUAUGGAUAUGCAAGACGUUCAAAGCAACAUAACGUAUGUAUUGACUGGACAAAGCACCUUUAACAAUGACGAUUACUUCAUAAUUGGACCGGAGAGGAUUGCUGUGAGGAACUCUCGGAUGCCGACUUUCUUCUUACAACCGGAUACUGAAGAAACCAGAAUCAUUGAGCUAGUGCUACAAACGAAUCAAUCUAUACUGGACCACCUGGCUAACGAAGUUGUGGUAGCGUUAAUGCGCAACGUUGUUGAUAAUUUUAGAUUAUUUGCCAGUCGAGUACCGAUAAAACAUUACUAUCAGUAUGUACAAACCAACCCUUAAACAAUAAAACAUGUUACUUAUAUU